GCUGAAAUUCUCCCUCCCUCUCAUUUCCCUAUGUUCUUUCAGCGCUCAUUUCCCCUCCCUCCUGCAGUCCCCCUGUCUGCCAUAUGCACACACCCACCUCCCUAAUACACUGGGUUGAGGGCGUCAGGAGCAUUCUUCCCAGACAUGUGCCUCUGUCACUCAUACAAGCACACAACUACACCUCACAGCUUGUGUUUCCACUGUGUCCUCUCUGUUCCCAACACAAGGCUGGCAAGCGGCUCUGACUGUCGGCUUUCUUCUCCCCGUCUCUCUGGAUCCUGAAGCAAAGGCCUAAACAGUAUACCAGAAUCACCAGCAGCUCGAUUACAUUUUCUGUGGACUGUGUGUUAAAAUUCCUUCAGUUGUUUUUGCUUUUGGUGGAAGACACAAGGUAGAGACGUUCAUCCGGUCUGGAUUUGUAGUGCAGAGGAGGUCCUCCACUUGAUUCGUUUUCCAAAAUGGCACCAGUGAAAUGUUGGGUAGUGGGCCUCCUGCUGGUUCUCCUAUGCCCAUCCCAAGUCCCCCUCUCUGGUGUAGUGAGUGCCGAGGACGUGGCUGAGGAAGACCUCCAUGCCAGAAUUGUUGAAGAGGUUGUGGCUGAUGAGGGUGAAACCGCAGAGGUUGAUGAUGGCACUGGUGAAGAAGAGGAACAGGUAGCAGAGGAGGAAAAUGAAGAUGAUGAGGAAGAAUCAGAUGAAGAUUCAGAAACUGAUGAACAGGAGGCAGGAGAGGAAGAAGAGGAGACUGACGAGGAGACUGCUGAGGAGGAAGAGGAUGUUGAGGAAGAGGAGGAGGAAGAAGAGGAUGCUGAUGAGGAGGAAGAUGAGAAAGAGGAAACUGCUGAUGAGGAAGAGGAAGCAGAGGAGAAAGAAGCUGAAGAGGAGGAAGAUGAGGCUGAGGAGGAGGAAACAGCAGAGGAAGUUGAAGAGGAUGCUGAGGAGGAGGAGGAAGAAGCUGCAGAUGAAGAAGAGGAUGACGCAGAUGAAGAGGAGGAUGAUGAUGAUGAUGAUGAUGAUGAGGAGGAGGAGGAGGAGGAGGAGGAGGAGGAGGGGGAGGCCUUGCCUGAAAAUGAGGAGGAAGACGAGACAACAGAGGAGGAAGAGGAGGAUUCUGACGAGGAUAAAGAAGCGGUCGAAGGAGAAGAGUUAGCUGAGGAGGAGGAGGAGGAGGAGGCUGAUGAUGCUGAGGAGGGGGAAGAAGAGGAUAUUGCUGAGGAUGACUCUGAGGAAGAAGAUGCAACUGAAACAGAAGAAGAUGACGAUGAAGCUGAAGGUGAUGAUGCAGUAGAAAACGAAGAUGACAUAAGUGAGGAGGAGUCGGCCACCGACAUGCUGCAAUUCCGACCUGGCUCUUUGUGUAGCGUUUGCUCCAUUUGUGAGCACUGCUCUAGUACUUGUGCUAAGUGCCCCUGUAAAGAGGGAGAUGAAUCAGAUCACUGUGAGCACUGCGAAGGAUGUUCAUCCUGCUACCUUUGCCCCAUAUUGUGUGACACAGUUUGCACCCCAGGUGGCCUUGUUGAUGAGCUUACCGGGUCCCUCUUUCAGACUGUUGCUUCUCUACUCUGAGCUAUCCUAUGACUCAUGAGGUGCUGCAGUCAGGAUUGGAGCUGUCCAGCUGUUCAUACCUCUCCGGCAACAUGAGUACUACCACCAGACCUUGUCAUGAACCUGACAGCUGACAGAAAAACAAAAACAUAUUUAGGUUUUAACUCACGUCUAGAUUUUUUAAAUUUAGCCGUGUAACAAGAGCUGAAAAAAAUGUAAUCUUCUUUUCCAUAGUUUAGUGGACUGUCUAAUGUACAUUUUCAGUGCAAAACAGAUGAUAAUACAUUGCUAAGGAUUUAAUAUUAUUUAUGUUAUAGAUAGAUAGAUUUACUGUAACACAGAUUUAGCUGAAAGUGUUUCUAGAUCUGUCUUAGCUGCAGAAGUCUGUAUGGAUUCAACAGAGAGAUGAAAAUUAUAUCUGUUGCCACUCUGAUGUCACUUGUUUUUUUUACAGUAAAAUUUCACUCGUGUUGAAACAAAAUCAACUUAUUACACGAUUCUGAUUCUCACGUGAUAAUAAAUUUCCCCCUUAAUAAAACUUCAUGAUAAGUACGUUACAAGCACAAGUUGUGUCUGUAACAAAUAUCCUGCCACCGAGCUGUUAGUGCUUUUAGAUGAUCUUAAACACUUUGAUUGUUCAGCAACUUCUAACGUAUUUCUUGAUUUAUUGUUGACUUACUUACUCAUCAAAAGUGCAGUUGAUGUCAAAUUUUAAAUAAAAAAAAUGUCUUGUGAAAAUAGACCUCUGAAACACUCCAUUAUAACUACAAUUUCUGAAGAGUUUUAACUCUCAACCAUGUUUAAAAAUAUUAAAGGUUUUAAAUUCUGAUGAA